AUGAACUUUCUAUCGCAUUUAGACAGCUCACAGAUAUUCAGUACAGAAGAUGCCUACAAACCGUUUUUAUUCGAAUUGAUUUCUCAAGACAAAAUGCGUGAGCUGCUUCAGCCUGCAUUCAAGUACAUUCUCACUGUUGCUGCUCAAAGCUAUCCAAGAUGGCUGCUCCUUGCAUAUCGUCACGAUAAACUGAUAUAUGCGCUAAUCAUGGCCAUCAUAGAUUAUCAUAGACUUUGCAGAUGGGGUGGAUCUUUUACUGAAACCUUUUAUGGCCUUUGUCGAUCCGGAGUUAAAGAUUCAUCAUCCACCACCACAUCUCUCUCACCAUCUCAGAUUCGGAAAUCUCUUGCAGCACUGAUUCUUGUUCCGUUGGUUAAAUCCAAGUUGGACGAGAUUCACGAAAGACUUGCACAGAGACGGACCUCGGAACGAUUUGUGGGGUUUGUCCCAGAAUCAGAUUCUGAAACUCAAAGUCCUAGCACCAAUCUAUUUAACAGUUCAUCAAAUCUGGAAAAACUUGGGAAAAUAGCCGUCAAGGUUUUUAAAGCAGGCUAUCCAUAUACAAAUGCCGCAUAUUCGGCCAUUAUUCUUGGAUUUCAGAUUGCGUACAUGUAUGGCAAAACUCCAUACUAUAGUCCUUGGCUUUAUUUGUGUGGUUUGAAACUAAAGCGAUUGAGUGUAUCAGACUAUCAAGAAUACGAUCGCAAAGCAAGACAGACAAGAGGACAGGCUUUAGAUGUAAUAUCCAACUCUCGUGGCAUGCAAUUCGUUGCUCGUGUACUGCAAUUUGUAGCGGGUGAGCUUGUUGGGGUGAUUCAAUAUGCGAUUCCAAUGGGAAUACUUCUUUUCAAGUUUUUGGAAUGGUGGUAUGCAUCUGAUCAUCAUAAAUCUGCCAACAUGCUGCCAAUUCCACCACCUCCAGAUCCCAUUCCUCCACACAUUGAUGGAACCAAGCUUCCAAAAGAUGCUCAUAUAUGUCCAUUGUGCAGUAAACCACGUACAAACUCGGCAAUGCUCUCCACAGGAUAUGCGUUUUGUUAUCCCUGCAUCUUCAACUAUGUGUCCGAGUAUGGGAAAUGUCCAAUCACAUUUAUUCCAUUACGCAUUGAUAAUUUACGCAAGAUUUAUCACACAUAA